AUGGAAGCUGGCAUUGAAACAAUCGAAAUCGUGUACGACCUAGUAGCAGGAAACUACGGUGAAUUCAUCGAGGUCCUCCGCACGGUGCUCGCCGAGUACGAACCCGCCGGCGACCGCCGGAGCGUGGUGGACUAUCACCACGCGCCCCACCCGGUGCUGCCACGGCAACGCAGCCCUCACCGGCCGGCGCGGUGGAUCCACAUCACCCUGCUAGUCCGGGACGAGGGCCACGUGACGACUCUGGCGGUCCGCGACGACAACGUGUACCUCAUCGGCUUCCGGAACCGGCGGGGGCAGUGGUACGAGUUCGGCUUCAGCGGCGGUAGGAGCGCGCGGGUGCUCCCGGCGGAGUGGAGCUCCACCUUCCUGGAGUGCGACGUCGGCUACGGCGGCAUCGUCGGAGGCGCCAUGAACCUGGUAGGGCUGGGGCUCGGCAGGUGGUUCGCCAGGGACGCGGUGCGCCGGCUCUCGGCCUACGAGCAGGCUCCGGGCGGCGGAGUUGAUGAAAGGACCAGGCGGCACCUGGCGCGCCUCAUCGUCAUGGUCUGCGAGGCUGCCAGGAUGAUCCCGCACUGCGAGACGGUGCUCGAUGGCUGGGACCGCACGGGUGCCAUCGCCGAGCGGCAUGUGCACUUGCUGUGGAACUGGAAGCACAUGUCGCACGCCGUGCUGCGUGCGUUGGGAUUGGGACCGGUGGAACAUGUACGGGAACUGGAUCCGCCAUGGCCCCAGGAGCUGCUAGCUCCGCAAGUCGAUGUCAGGAACGUGGGACAGGCACUCCAUAUAGUGCAGCUGCUGCUUAACUGGCCGGGUCGAGGGCACUAG